AUUGGACCUGCUCAACUUUGGAGAGAUCUCCUUUAUUAUUUUUGUUAACUUCAAACUAAGCACUUUCCUCGAUUGGGUCGACUCCGUCAAUAACUCUAGACAGAGAAUUAAAUAUAAGCAGGUGUCUUUUCUGAAACAAUGACCUCGAUCCUCGUUUAACAUUUGCAGGUGCUCGGAAUGCGGAAACAGACUUUAAACUUGACUGCUGACAGACAAAAGGAAAAACCAGACCUCAUCACUCACAUUCAGGCGGAAAGAUUUAAAGGGGCACGGUGAAGUAGGAGCCCACACGACAAAUUACUCCUCACAAUAUAUGGAGAAGAAGGGGGAGCACGUAUUUCCCACCAUUUGAUCUUUGGUUGGUGGGAGCCGAACGAGCAGAGCCAUUGAAAAACAAAUAUAUAAAUCUUGAAAGCCGCAAAUAACCCACCAUUACAGAAUCGCCAUAGCAGCAGAUUGCAGGAAAGGUACAUGGUUAAGGCUUUUCACUGAGAGGGAAAAAAUUGAAAAUUAGGCAGUGUGCAAUUAUUGUGAGGUUUAGUAGGGGUCAUGGAAAGCUUUAGAAGAUAUGGCUUGCCCUUCUCUCUGGCAGGUGCGAUACAGUCACCAAUCUCAUCUUUAUUGGACUUCUCCCGGCGUUCGGAGACAGGCUCGAACUCGGCCAACGGCGGACUCCUUUUCAGGGGUUUCAGCAGGGGAGAUGACGUGGCGGGGAGGGCUGCUGAUGAGGUAGGGGCUGCGGAGGUCUCCAUUAGGAUUUUCAGUUCAGGUGAGGCGGAGGAGCAUGGGAGCGGAAAUGAUUAUGAUUCCCGCGGAGAGCAAGGGUUCGAACCCGCGACCUCUUCUUUGCAGACCAAUGGAAUUGAGACUGCGCUAACCUCGAUGCCAUCUUUAUCUACUGCUGCCGAUGUGGCCGCCAGAAGGGAUAGGAGUGAUGGUGAUAUUAAUGGUGCUAAUAAUACUAGUAGUAAUAAUAAUAACAACACUGGUUCUCAGAGAUAUGAGAUUCAGCAGCUGGCCAGAUGGAUUGAGCAGGUCUUGCCCUUCUCGCUUUUACUCUUCAUCAUCUUCGUUCGCCAACAUCUGCAAGGUUUCUUGAUUUCAUUCUGGAUAACUGCAGUUUUGAUCAAAUUAAAUGAUCUUUUACGGAAGCAAACAGCACUUAAGGGUGAAAGAAAAAUAUUGGUUUUGAUUGGUAUUAUGUCAGUCCUUGUGUUGCAUGUUGCUGGACUUUAUUGGUGGUAUAAGAAUGAUGACCUUUGGUACCCACUUCUUAUGCUUCCCCCAAAGAUCAUACCACCAUUUUGGCAUGCUAUAUUUGUUAUCAUCGUCAAUGAUACGAUGGUGAGGCAAGCUGCCAUGAUCUUAAAAUGUGGUCUCCUUAUCUACUACAAAAGCAAUAGGGGUUGUAAUUACAGGAAGCAGGGGCAGGUCUUGACACUUGUGGAAUAUGUCUUGCUUCUUUACCGUGCAUUGCUUCCAACUCCAGUUUGGUAUCGUUUCUUUCUGAAUAAAGAAUAUGGAAGCCUUUUCUCUUCUCUGACCACAGGAUUGUACCUUACUUUCAAGCUGACAUCAAUUGUGGAAAAGGUGCAGGCAUCUUUUGCAGCACUGAAAGCCUUAUCGCAUAAAGAAGUGCAGUAUGGAUCAUAUGCAACUGCAGAAGAGGUUGUUGCAGCUGGAGAUCUUUGUGCCAUUUGUCAGGAGAAAAUGCAUGCGCCGAUCUUGCUACGUUGUAAGCAUAUGUUUUGUGAUGACUGUGUAUCUGAAUGGUUUGAGAGGGAGAGAACUUGUCCACUGUGUAGAGCCAUUGUGAAGCCAGCUGAGUUGAGAUCCUUCGGUGAUGGCUCUACCUCUCUGCUUUUCCAGCUGUUUUAACUUACUAAUGAAAUAGAAGUUGACAAGCUGCUCACCAAAGAAAAUGUACACAUGAUCUGAAAUGUCAGGACCAACAGUUUUUGUUAGGGCUUCAACAACUAGAACUAUAAAUUCAAUACACCAGAUUAUACUUAAGUUGCACCUGAAAAUUUACCUGCAUUUUGCAAGGCAUCAAGGGUCAGCAAAGCAUUGAAUUUUUCGGGUUCAGUAGACAUACAUUUACUGUAUGAUAUCUCAUGUAGGAGAUAAAAUAAAUUUAGAGUACCUUAGCGUACACAUCAUAUUACAGUCUGUCAUUUACAGAAGGAUCUCCAAUAUGUAAAUAGUUGUUGAACUUGAAAGAAUGCUUCAAGGUGGUAGCAGCUGAUAAGUUCGUCUAGUUUUGAUGCAGUCAACUGCUAUGUUCAAAAUUUCUCGUUGAUUUUGGCAAUGCAAAAUUGCCUGAAUGUUCAUACAAACCUAUAGAUGCUUUGAGCAAAUGCUAAGUUGUGGACGGUACUGUGGACAAGACUCGAAGCUGUAAAAUUGGCUGAUUGUAAUUUGUUAAUGCAUCUAUGUGCUUGGCAUAGAGACGCCCAACAUAUGGGUUAUUUGUAUUAUUUUUUACUUGGAAAAGUUCUACAUGUGUCUGGCUGUAUAUGGAAUUGUCAUUGGCAACAUGGGCCUUGGGUGCUGUAUGGUUGCCAACUUUUUUGUCCUCAGUCCAAACUCCACAACGCACCAUGGACGAUUUAAACUGUGGUUUUACUCGAGCCAAUACUCUACUUUAAUCACUCGUGAAGGCUCAAGGGCUUAUUAUAAUAGUGCUUUUUGAUUGUUGAAUUUCGAGGUCGCAUUUUUUCCAAGGCCUCCGGGUGAAGCCACAAUAUGUUAUGUUUGAUGACAAUUGUUUUACAAAAUCCAUUGUUCUUUCAGAAUGUUUCUGUGCAAAGUAAUGAUAUUAAUCUGCUUUUAUUUGUUAAGA